GGUUGCUCAUCGGUUCUUCGUGGACAUCGAUCGUUGUCGUGAUGAAUUCUGGCAUUGGUGGCUGCACAUGAAGCCAUGGGGGUCGACUUCGACUUCUGGGCCUUACAACAUCGCGCCAGUCAUGAUCAUCGAGCCGCGUUGCUGCCUAGAUUGCUGCCUAGAUCGUCUCAUCUGAAUGUUGACCUCCCUUGCACGAAGAUAUUACGACGCGCAGCUGCCACAGCAGUAUAUGACUGCCAUGACUUGCUGUUGCCGACCUUGACUGAGAUUCUCAACCCGUGGCCAACGCCCUUCCACUUUCCUUCCCACAGCUCGACGUGACAACAUGGUUCGUGUGGCAGUCGCAGGCGGCACAUCACCAACACUGGGAAGGUCUAUCGUGACUGCCCUCCUGGCAACCGGCAAGCACGAUGUCCUCGUUCUGUCAAGACAGAAAUCUGACUCCAAGGUCCACAACAACAGUGUCUAUGGUGCGCCGAUCUCCUAUGUUGACUACGGCUCAACCGACUCUCUUACCUCGGCGCUCAAAGGCAUCCAUACGUUGAUCUCAGUGUUGAAAGUCAAUGAUCCAAUGGCAAUGAUAUCCUACCAUUCCAACCUCCUCAAAUCAUGCAUUUCUGCCAAAGUCUCGCGCUAUGCUCCUUCCGAUUGGUCCAUGGGCCCAUCAUCGCACUCGAAGGUCGACCUCUUGGCUCACAAAGAUAGAUUGUGGCAGGAUUGUCAAGAGAUUGGGAUCAAGAACGGUAUCGAGUGUGCUAGCUUUCACAAUGGGAUGUUCAUGAAUUAUCUCGCACAAGGCAAGCUGACAUGUCCUGCUGAGGAUGAGCAAUUUGCCCUGGGCGGCCUCGAAGAUGAUUUGAUGCUUCAAUACAUUGAUAUCCCGCAUGGCAAGUUGGUCAUCCCUAUCGACAAUCAAGGCCACUCAAGUCCAACCAGCAUGACCCAUAUCGGCGACAUCGGAACCUUUGUUGCUGCCGCAGUCGAUCUUCCUCCCGGUCAAUGGACCGGCCAUUUAGGUAUGGUUGGUGACACAUGCACUUUUCAACAUGUCAAGCAUCUCCUCACAGAGGUGGGCAUCCAAGUACAGCACGAGACGAUCACAGCCGACCAAUGUGACGAGAAGAUUCGGGAUUUAGACGAACAGCUAGCGAGAGGCUUCAACAUCGGGGCACUCAAAGGGAAAAUGGUGGCCCAAAUGCUAAAGGUACAAUGCGAAGGUCAAUUCGGUGGCAGUGUCUUCGAAUCAUCCUUGAACAGGCUUUGUCCCCAGGUAAAGCCGGUGAAGAUCAGCGAGUUUAUUCAAAGAGUAUAUUGACAUGGGCGGAGGAACUUGACUCGGUGUUGCUUACUGCGAUGUAAAUAGUGCUUUCUGCCAGCAUUUUAGUCACACAUUGUCUUCGUCUUUGAAGGGCCUUCUCUAAGAAGUUUUUCUUUGCGAAGUCGUCGACCAUUCUCGGGUCUUUGGGAUCGGUAGC